UCACUCGAUCCCACUUCUUGUUACUCACGCACGCAAAUCGGGUUCUUUGCUUCAGUAAACGAGAAUUUUGUUCAAGAACUGUCGCGUUGAAGCGUGUCUACAACCAUUUUAUAUCGUUGCUGUUUAGUUUUUUAUUUUAUUUUAUUUUUUACUGAUUUACAGAUUGCGUUUUCGGGGGCUUGUAGCGGCCGUCAUCAUUGGGGGUUCCGGUUUGGUAAUGGAGCGUGAUUGAGUGCUUCCUCUCUCCAUUUUUUAGGAGUUCAAUUAGAAGAGCCGUUGCAUCCGGAUCGACGACCAAAAUAAAGCGGAAACUAAAAAGAAAUCAAAUAAAAAGAUGAUGGCCAAAAUGAAAUAUUCCGAAAUACCACGCGAUUUGUCUUCAGAUAGCAUCGCCGCAUACAGACUCGCUCAGGGAUCGCCCGAUCGAGACAAAUGGAAAAGGAAUUCGAGCGAGGGUCGAGGCAGUCCCGAAUCGGGCACGUCGUCCAGUGACUCUCCGCCCGUACGGCUUUUUCACCAACAAUCGUCAUCACGUCGAUCAACUUCAGCUUUCCGUUCGCAUUGUCUCGGCUCGCGGAAAGAGUCACCUGAACCGCAGGAUGAAGUGGAUGGCAAUGGGGACGCGUUUGUACGUGCCGGAUCGAACCAACGUCAGUGCGAAGUGGAUCAACAACAGCGACGUUCUAGCCGACGUGGAGCCAGCCCUGCCCAACCAACACCUUACAUGUUACACCAUUCGCUGCCUCGCUCAGCGGGCGCCAAAUCAAGCAGCUUGCCAGCCAGCGCUCGGUCCGGUCUGUCGGUUAUGCUGUGCGUCGAUGGCUCAGCGAUGGAACGCCAUGCCGACUGUCCCGUACAAUCUAUCGUGAAUGUGAACGCCGAGAGCGUGGCGGCCCAGUUGACGCUGCUGGUCGUGCCCAUCUUUCAGAACAUCCAGCCGGAAGAAUUGACGUCUUGCGGCUGGUGCAAGAGCAACAAACUGGAGCUGGCGCCCAACGUGGUGGCCAUGACGCGCCAUUUCAAUCACGUGAGUUUCUGGGCCGUCCAGGAAAUACUCAACGAGGCGAACGUGCGGCCGCGGGCCGAAGUCGUCUCGCAUUUCAUCCGCAUCGCCAAGAAACUGCACGAACUCAACAACCUGCACACGCUGAUGGCCGUCGUCAGCGCCUUGCGGAGCGCCCCCAUUUACCGCCUGCAAAAGACGUGGGCCGCCGUCACCAAGAAGGAUGUCCAGCUGCUGGAACGGCUGGCCGACCUCUUCUCCGACCACAACAACUCUGAGAAGCUGCGCCAGCACAUGGACUCGCUCAAGCUGCCUUGCGUCCCUUACCUGGGCCUCUUCCUCUCCGACGUCAAUUUCAUCGACGUGGCCCAUCCGCACCACGGCGGCCUCGAGUCGCAGAGGCGCCAGCUGCAGAUGAACAACCUGCUCCGCAUCCUGGCCAACUACCAACAGUCGGACUAUUCGUUCCUGCCCGUCAAGAACCACGUCAUGGAGUACCUGCGCUCGGCCAAGUACAUUGAGGAGUUGCAGAAGCUCCUGGAAGACGACCAGUACAAGUUGUCGCUGAAACUGGAACCGACGACGCCGCCGAGCUCGACCGGAUCCAAAGAAUCGUUUUACGACGUCAAAACGGCCAUGGGACAAUUGAACGUGUCGCCAAAGAAGGCGGCUUCGGUCCGCAAAAGCGCAGGGACAUCUGACGGUUCCAGUGCUGGACACGGCGUCAAAUUCGUCCCUGGGCACACCAAAUCUAGAAGCUUGGGUACAAAAUUGAGGAGCGCCAGCUUACCCCGAAGCGCCUAUCGUCAGCCCUUUACGGCAGCGUCGGCCGAUUCUUCCAUCUUCCGGAAUGGAUCGAAUCACGCGCCGUCCUAUCUGAAAGAGAACGAAGCUGGCAGCGGCGUCUGGCGGCAUUCCCUGGCCAACCACGGCUUUGAUUCGACGCUUCGCAAUCUGAUCGACGACAGCGUCCAGGAGGAGUCGACCACUACGACGUCGACGCCCUCGUGUGGGAUGAAUUCUUCGCCUCGUCACUCACUCCACGGCGAGCUGGACCCUUCUCCUUCCAACAACAACGACAAUCAUUCCGUUCAAGGUUCGGAUCACUCUCUCAGCGGACUGGAUUCGCCUUUGCCCCCUCCGCCCAUCCGCUGUUGCUGCAUCCAGGGAUGCGUUCGUAAGAAAGCCGUUUUAAAAGAUGGACGCCGUCCGGCCGUCAGCGCGUGGCAGAGGUACUGGAUCCAGCUUUCCGGCUCCAACCUCCUCUUUUAUCAACCUAAACACCUCCGAGGGUCGGACCGAUCGGAUUUCCGACGACGGCCCUUUAAAGCCGUUUCCAUAACGGGCUGGUCGGUGGCCCGGCACCACAGUCCCCGCCAUCCGGACUCUCUCUUACUGACCAACACCAUCAAGGGCGACGCCUACAAACUUCGCAUCGUCUGUCCGGACGCCAUCGAAGAUUGGCUCAAUUUGUUGACGUUGGCCAUCGAAUCGCCGGCCGAGAAUUCAGACGACGCCGAGAAUCUCAUGUCGUUUGAAUGAGUCUUUUUCGUCCGUCCACUUGACAGCUGCACGCAGCUGCGUUCGGAAGGGUAUGGCACAUUUUUCAAUGCCAACAUGGUUUUGAACUAUUUCCGUUCAUCGCCCGGCCGUGUUCCAACUCAAAACUACUCGCCUUGGACGUUGGUCAUCGUGAAACACAAGAUGAUACUCAAUGCUGGAUAGAGGUUUAUAUCGAAAGGAAAUGAUAAUCGACAAUAUUUGGACCUUUGCCCAAGAUGUUUCGUUGGGGGGUGAAAGAUAGCUCCUCACUCUUAUUUGCCAUCCCGUCAGUUCCUUCACUGGAAAGUGACUGACCAUUUUUUUUUUCCUUUUUGGGUGUGUGAAUGUUUUUCUUCUCAUCAGUUAUGUAAUUCUUGUAAUCCCACGUGUAUAGGUAAUUUUUUUUUCGUCCAUUUGGCUCACUCCUAUCACACAGCUGCUUUCUUUUUUUGGUGUGUGUAGUAAAAGAGAGAAGAAAGACAAAUAAUAAUCCAGCCUUCUGCCCGGCACGCCUCUCCUCCUCUUCCUACUGGUCGUCAUAUUUGAAGCUCAAUCGAUUCCCCUUUAAGAUGAUUGCUGUUAUUACUACGUUUUUGUCCUUGUUAAAGUCACACAUGCUGUAGUCGUGUGAGCGGAAUCUCUCGUUAUUGGAUCAAUUCGCUCUCUCCCCCCUGCCUCUUCCGUUCAAGACACCGCAGGCAUCACCGAAUUAAAACAGUAGCAGCACGGAUGUGGUGUUGCCUUUUCUUAUAACACGUUUUUUUUUUGCAUUCGUUGUGUUUUUUCUCUCGGCUUUGUCGACGUCUGUUUCCUUAGUCUUGCCCUUCUCAUUUCCCGUUUGCUCCUCUACGUUCUAGUCUAACUUGGAUUUUUAUAAAAAGGAGAAUGGCGGAACAAAGUCGUUUCGUCUAUCCACCAUCACCAGGAAAUAAUUGAAAGCGGAUUUCGAAGGAGCGGUUCAAAAUGUAGCAUCCGAAAAAAAAAAAAUCUUGUUCUCGAAACUUGCGAAUACAUGAAAAUAAUUCUCGUUCCCGUA